ACAUCUUCGGCCUUUUGUUUUCAUCCCAUAUCCCUCUCACUAACACCAUCCAGCCAUCAUCCUCUCCGCUGCCAUCCUUGCCAGCCUCUCCAUUUACUGGGGUGCCAUCUUUCACGUAGAGCAAAACCUCUCCUCAUUAGUAGUAUGGGUAGUAGAUUUCGAUGCAAUGGGAGUGGAUUUGUAGAUCGUUUGAUUGUGGUUUGAUGAUAGGAGACUUUUGAGGUGAAGAAGAUUUGGACGUUUAUAUGAGUUAAACGUUCACAUGAUGUUGAACUCUGAACCACUCGAUCAUUGAUUUUUCUGGGACAGAGUUUUGUUGGAAUAGUUAAAGAACUUACUAUGCAAAGCUUGAAUCGCAACCAGACUACGAUGUGUACUAUUGAUCAUGAGCAAUUUUGACUCUAUUGAGCAUUCGACAUAUUUCUAUACAGAGCUCAUGAAAACACUCCUUCAUACUAACACACUAUUAGGCAGUAAUAAUCAACGCAAAUGCAACGGCACUUCUUCAAGAUGCAGUCCAGAACGGAAAUACUACCUUUGAUCCCCUCGUCAUCGCACAAAUAAUCUAUGUAGAAGCUAGAGAUGAAACCACUCACUCCAACUACAUCACACCACAACUACUUCAAUUCCAAUCAACUGUCACUAGCAUGUUUGGUCAACAAUGGACUUCACAAAUUCUUGAACAGGCCGUAACAGAUACUUCCAUACUGACGAAUAUACGAAAUAAUCCUCAAGCAAUCUCACCUGCUAUUGGCUUUUCAACAUUUAAUCCAAGGCCCUUUGCACCACCUGUCGCUACAUUAGCUGUCAGCAUUGGUCUCAUUUAUUUAAUAAUAAUCUCCUUCUUCUCAUUCUCAUUUUAUCUUCCUGUUCAUACAAAGUAUAUCACACCUGAAGGACAUCCUCCUAUGCAUUUCUCUCAAUUGAUUAUUUGGCGCUGGUUAGCAAAUAUAGUCGCUUAUUUCUUCCUCUCACUCUUCUAUUCUUUAAUCUCUCUCGCAUUCCAAAUUCCCUUCUCAUCAGGACAUAAGAGUAUAACAAUGGUUGAGAAUCACGCUACAGCUUAUGGAAAGGGUACCUUUGUAGUAUUCUGGAUACUAAAUUGGGUUGGUAUGGCAGCAUUAGGAAUCGCAUGUGAGAAUGUUACUAUGAUUAUCGGACAGCCAUGGACGGCUCUUUGGUUGGUCUUUUCGGUUACUACAAAUGUUUCUACAAGUUUUUAUUUGAUUGACUUGGCACCGAGAGUCUUUAAUUGGGGAUAUGCAUGGCCAUUGCAUAAUAGUACGUCUUCUAUCAUCAGAUAUGUACACAGAGCUAAUGAAAUAAUAGUCGUCAAGGCCAGUAGACAAAUACUUUUCGAUCUUCACUCAAGAAUAGGCUUGAAUUUUGGUGUGUUAUUCGCUUGGGUUGCGGUCAGUAGUGUAUUAUUUCCGUUUUGUUGUUAUUUCAUGAGGUGGAAUACGUUGAAAGGACAACAAAAGGCGAUGGAUAAGAGGGAGAAUGCUAAAGAGGAUUUGGAAGUGAAAGAUGCGGUGGAAGCUUGAAGGGUGUUUAUUGUAAGAUUUGGAUGGAUUGGAAUGUAGGAGUUGUAAGGUUUGUUUAGAUGUUGAAGAUUGUUGAGGGUUACUUAGACGAAUGGAAGAAUAGAGCAGGCGUAGAAAAGAUAUCGAGGGGUUAGAAUAUAAUGAGGGGUCUUCUAUAUAUAGAUCAGAUGGAAUUAUACUUACUACUUGCCGUAUAUAUAUAUAAAAUAAUAAUACAAAUGGAAUAUUCAAAAGAUAAAAUGUGAGAUUCCCGUAGCAAAUGGUUAUACAUAUCAACGCCUAUUUCUACGUCAAUUUUUGGUCUCGAGGGGAAGUAGAGUGAACUA